AGUCAAAAAAGUUCUGAACAUUGUAAAUAAAACAUGGAAGUACCAGCUGAAAAGACGCGUGGAGGGCCUUCUCAAGGACUUUUCAGACGCAGAGGCCACAGAAGACAGAAGAGUCUCUUUGAUCCACGCAAACAGCUUUCGGUGGCCAGCAUCACUUGAAAAGCUUGACUUGAGAGACAUUCCAGAGCUGUCAAACCUGAAAAGAGCGAUAGAGAACUCAAAAAAGAAAAACAAAAUAAAACUCGAAUGGAUGGACAGCUUGUCAACAGUUGAAAUAGAAGUAAAUGAGGAGGUUGCGCUUCUAUCGCUGUUCCAGUACUGGAUUGUGCUGAAAAUAAUACAAGACUCGGAAAUACCGGAAGAAAUGCUCGAAAAGAAGCUAAAAACGUACAAACAGCACAUAGCACCUUUUAUCAGCCAGGGCAUUCUUCAAAUAGACAGCAGCAGAGGCGUGGUAGAACAGAGCGUGCACUUCAGCAAUGCAAGCCAAUGGCGCAACCUGCUUCCACAGUACGAAAUUGAGGAAAGCACCGAAAAAGUCACAGAGCACAAAAAACUUAUAAAUUUGUCCAUAGACAGCUAUGUUACAAGACAGCUUAAAAGCGUUUCUCCCCAGAAGGAAGACGACAUAAUUAGAAAAAUAACAGAGAAACAGAAUGCCAACAAGGACACAGUCCAGAAGAGAAUAGACUCUCUUGUUUCUAAAGGGCUCCUCUCAAAAUCUCAAAAAGAGAACAGCAGUGUAGCCUGGCUGGAGUACAUCCCAUAA